GAUGAUCAAAAUUUUGAAAUGAUUCGUGAAAAUUAUUCUCGUGUCGUAACAUCGGCUCUUCAGAAUAACGUUGCUAUUAAUUCAAACUGUGGCGGAACAUUUCGCGAUAAUCAACAUUUGAUACAAUCUCCGGGAUAUCCGAAUCAUUAUGAAAAUAAUUUGAAAUGCGAAUAUACGUUGAUGGCUCCUUUUGUUUGUCGAAAUUAUUUUCACGUACAAUUUAUUGAUUUUGACGUUGAGCCAUCACGUAACUGCUCCAAAGAUUACGUCAAGGUUGGAAAUGAAGACACGUUAUGUGGACAAGUUUUAGGCAUAAAGAAAUACGAAACGGAGGCGGGUGUGUUAAAAAUUAAGCUUGUGACAGAUGGAUAUGAGACGAGAAAAGGAUUUCAAUUGUUGAUUUCUCGAUUGCCUUGCAUCAAUGAUGGAGAUGAUAGCUCUGAAUCGAGAACAACAGUUUUUCCAAUAUACGAUAAAGAAUCAGAAAUUGGAAUAAAUACUGUUCGCCCAGCCUCUUCUAAUAUUGCACCCUCUGUUUUGCCUCCAUUUACGAGCAAUCGUCAGGAUAUCCCUCCGCCAGAUUGGAAUAAUAACGGGUAUUUACCUCCGCCGCCUGUUACAUCAAGACCAAUUCAACCUGUUCCUCCAAUUCAUCAAAAUCCUUGUUUCCAAAUUCCUUGUUGCCCUUCAUACAACCCGUUAUUUCCUCACUAUCCUCAAAAUAAUCCUUUUUACCCAAUUGGUUACCAUCCAAAUCAUCAAUAUCCUCAAAAUCAUCAUAAUUUUAUUCCAAAUACGCCUCCAAUUAAGAAACAAUUGCCUCAAUUAAGUCCUUAUCCGCCGCCUGGAUUUCCCCUGAUUCCUCAGUUUGGAGUUCCGCAGCAAUGUUGUCGUAAUACUUUUAGAAAUCGUCGUUUUUACUUAGUUUCUCCAAACUUUCCUGCGACAAAUCGACGACCAACGGAUUGUUUCUUCGUCAUUGAACGGGCAAAUCUCAACAUUUGUCGUCUCAGAAUUGUGUUCAAGUUCUUCAAUCAUGGUAAUAACUUCCAAUGCUUCGAUGACUUUUUAGAGGUCGAUGGUAGACGUGUUUGCGGAUGCAAAAGUGGUUUAGUUUACACAACUCAAUGGGGAUAUGAGCCGAAAAUUAUUCGUUAUCGUAAUUCCGGAUAUCAACCGAACGGUUUGAGAGGAUUUGUUUUGGAUGUUAUUCAAGAAUCUUGUCCAUAUAGAUACGAAAUUCCGCCAUUUAAGAGAAUCGACAAUACAAAUAAUCCUGUAUAUAUCACAAAAGCGCAACAACUUGGCAAAGCAAUGAUCGUUCACACAAACAGCAGUACGAUUUCAACUUACUAUCAUAUGGCAGAUCCCGAAGAUAUUAAGGUUAAGAGUCAAAAACAAGAAGAAAUCGGAGUUGUAGAUGAAAAAACACCCGUUGUCAAAGAUGUUGAAAAUGAUUUGGAAACAUCGGGAACAGUAGCAAAAUUCUAUUUCUUGAAUCAAUUUAACAAUAAUAAUGGGCAACUUAAGUGCAAUCUGAAUCCUUUUGAAUGGUUGGUUUUGAAAAAAUCUGCUUUAUUCAUUCAGAGACCCAUAUGUUUUAGAUUCUAA